AUGCUGCAGGUGGGAAACACCAGCAGCCUCUUCAUACAGGGUGCUGGACCCAACGGCAUGAGAGGAGCGGUGACAGGGGCAUGCAAGGAUGUGGUGGAGCAACGUGAACAACAGCCCACCGCAACAGCGGCACCAGCUGCUUUGGAGGAAGAGGACAGGAGAGGGCAGGCCAUGGCAGAUACAGACACAACCGUCACAGCUACCCCAGCAGCAGGAAGCAACGACAGGGAGCAGGUGACACUGAAUGAGGGAGCAAGAACCAGCGCAGCCACGACAAUGCAGGGGGCAGGACAGCAUGCGGAAGAAGCUGGAGAGGACGAAGCGGAGCCACCCGAGCAGCCCAUGAGCCCAACGAGCCAGGAGGAUGCAACCCCAGAGGGUUUGAAGCUGACAAAGAGAGAGAUUGGCAAGGCAGCGGCAGCUCUCAUGCGGGGUGAGCAGUUCGGCAUGAAGGGCCUAGAGGCAGCAUAUGGGCUGAAGGAAGAAGAAGACCUCCCCACUGUUUGGCAUCGUUUCUUCGAAGAUAUGCAGUCCAUGCUACUCAACACGACACCACCAGAGCCCCCUGCUUCCUCACCCUUCAAGAGCUUGCCUAAGCCCCUGCGCAAGGCGAUCGAGAAGGAGCUGGCUUCAUUCAAGAGCUGCCUUCGCACCUACAGCAAAGUAUCGAACGGCCUGUGCGAGCUUCAGCAGCAGUUCAGGGAUGGGGAAGUUUCCCACGCUCUCCGGAUUUCAACCCCCACGCUACAGCUAACCGACCCUGCCCUACAGGAGAGUUUGAACCAGGCCCUAGACAAUGAGCUGAAAACCUUCAAAACAAAGGCCCAGCUGACUCUGAUGGGGUACAAAGAGAAGGAGAAGGCUCACUGGGAAGCGGCAGCAGAGGUGUGGGCGGCACGGACACACACUCGCUUCGAGAGCUUCCUGGAGAAAGACCUUCACUUUUUCGAGACCCAUGCAGCACCUGGUACCCCUGCACCCGAUGCUCACCUCAAGGAGCUGGCCGCUGACUACAUGGCACGUGGCAUGGCACGAGAGCUGAUGUAUCAUGCCGUGUGGAUCAAGGGCAACCGCAACUCAAAGGCAAGGGGGGCAGCUAAACGGGAGAAGGCACGGGGUGAACAGGCGCAGGUGGAGCAGAUACAAGCAGAUCCUUCUACCGACCUGCUCGGGCUGAUGAAAACACUGGUUGGCCCCCUACAGCAGCGGGUAGAGGCCUUGGAGCAGCGCCAGUCUAAGAACCAGCGAUGCACGAGAGCAGGGGUGCACCACAGAGGACACCGGGACGGGCACAACAGAGGGAACACCGGGACGAUAGGGGCCAGCUGA